AUGAAGCUCAGGCCGCCCAAGUCGUUAAAGAAUUUGCCGAGGGCUUCCAGGGCGUCAAGGGAGCCUAAGCCGGCGCCGCGAUCCAAGGAAGAACUCGAUCGCUUGGGAGUCCUCUUAGACCACCAACACCUCACGAAGGGCCAAUCGCCAACGCGUUAUAUCUGGUCGCUCGCCAAGGAGAACUGUAUGUAUAACUGUCCCUUUUCGACUGAGCGUGGCAUAAUCCUAUGGGCAAAUCGUCACGUGAACGCCAUCUCCAAGGGUAACAAUUGGUUUUCGGCAUCAGUGGGAAGCUCCAUGGCGCCCACCUUCAACCCCAAAGACAGCUGGAACGGUAGAUUCUACAGCUACUACACCAAGAUCAACUCAGUCUCUGAACUCAAGCGAGGCAUAAUUAUCUCACUCAAGUAUACCCCACAAUCCAUGGCUAUGGCAUGA